UUUUAUAACCUCUGUUUAUCUCUCUCUCUCUCUCUUUCAAAGUUUUUCCGUCUUAUUUUUGGUUCAAACCCCCUUUAAAUAAAAACAGAAAAUAGUAAAAGAGUGUUGAAACUUAUCUGAACUGUCUACAAGUGUUGUUUUGGUUAUGUGGCGUAUGAGACAAUUUCAGUUUGUUGAAGUUUGGUGGUGUUUUUGUCUUUUAAAACACAAGGAUACAUAGUUUAGUUCUUUGAAUUUUCUUGUUUUUAUCAUCCAUUUGUAAAGAAUAUUCCUGCAUAAUAUAUAUGUAUAUACAGGUACUUACAUUAUACAGUAAGAGUGAGUAUUUUAAUUAGUUAAAGUGUAGUAAUUAAGAGUCGCUUUCUUCAGAUUUGGUAGUACUACUUAUUUUUUUGGAUAUAUAAAUUCCAAAACCUCAGAUAGUUUAUGUUGCAAAAACCAGAGAAAUUAAAUAACACCGUUUUUCUCUUUUAAAAAUCCAGAAAACAAGAAUGAAAAGAGAGUUACAGCAGCUUUAUGGUUAUAAUAAUAAUCAAGAAAUGCAUGGAUUUGAGAAUAUUAAUAUGGUGACAGUAGUUGAUGAUAUUCAAAGCCAACAACAGCAGCAGCAGCCGCCUACUGAUUUUAAUCCUAUGGAUGAUACAAAUAUUUGGCUCAAUAAUGGAAAUGAAGAACAACAUCAUUUUAAUGUUAAUGACAAUAAUUACAUUAAUUUCUCUACUGAUUUUCCUCCUCUUCCUGAUUUUCCAUGCAUGUCAUCUUCCUCCUCAACUUCUAAUUCCCCUCCUACAGAUUCUUCAUCUUCUGCUCAAGCUGAAGAAGAUCAUUUCCACAAGAAAAUCCAAUUUGAUAACACAAUUGACAACCAAGUUUGUUUAAAUGUGAUAGAAAAUCUUGGUUAUAUGGAUUUAAUUGAUGGAAAUCGUGAUUUUCUUGAUCCUAUGACCCCUUUUUUCCAAGGUGAAAAUCCACAAAAAAACCAACAAAACCACCACCAACAACAAGGGGAAGUGCAGUUUGAAAAUGAGCAACAUUCUAUAUUUCAAGGGGAUAGUGAGCUUGCACUUAUGUUUUUUGAAUGGCUAAAGCAAAACAAAGACAACAUUUCUGCUGAAGAUAUGAGGAGUAUUAAGCUCAAACGUUCAACAAUUGAAAGCGCUUCGAAACAAUUAGGAAGUACAAAAGAAGGUAAAAAACAGUUGUUGAGACUGAUUCUUGAUUGGGUUGAACAACACAGAUUGCAAAAGAAACAAAUGAGUGAAGCUGCACCAAAUCAAGAAAGUUUCCAGAAUUCUGCCUCUAACUACAAUUUCCAUUAUAAUACAGUUGGAAUUGACCCAAAGGCUCGCUUUUAUCCGUCACCUUGGAUGGCAACUGCUGCUUAUAACAUCCCUAAUUUCCCCGAUUCGGCCUCUGUAAUGGCGGGGCAGAUACCGGGGUACAUUGGUGAUCUUUACACUAACGGAUCGUUAUUUGUGUCUCCGUUUAAUCAGACAAUGAGUGGAAGAGCAAGUUCACCGGCUUCAACAGAAUAUCAACCCAUGGACUAUACUCAAUCGUGGUUGCCAUCGCAAUUUGCAAUGACGGCCGCUUCUCAGUAUAACAAAUUUCCUGAUAAUAAUGAUAGUACUGACAAUGUUGCUUCUGUUGAUCAGCCUCAGUCUUUAUUUGGUACGCAAUAUCCGUACCAGCUUUUAGAUGGGAAUGGUGAGAGAUUGGCAAGGUUGGGAUCUAAAGAGGCUAGGAAGAACAGAAUGGCUAGACAGAGACGAUUACCGUUGCACCAUUAUCGCCAUCAAGUUCAGAAUAAAAGACAAUGUAAUGACCAAAGUGUGACGAUGGAUGGAGAGAAUGGUGCAACAGAUACAGGUAACAGUCCAGGAAAUUGGGUUUAUUGGCCUGCUGCUGCUGCUGCUCCGCCAAUGAUGAUGGUUCCACAGGCUGAUUCUCCACAAUCUCAUUCUACCGAGAGGCCAGCUGUGCGAUCGCAGAACCAUCAGAAGCAUAGUUCGGCAGACAAAAGACAGGCCAGCAAAACCGAGAAGAAUCUCAAAUUUCUCCUGCAAAAGGUGCUGAAGCAAAGCGAUGUUGGCAGUCUAGGAAGAAUUGUGUUGCCAAAGAGAGAAGCAGAAACUCAUCUUCCUCAACUUGAAUCAAGAGAUGGAAUUUCAAUCGCCAUGGAAGACAUUGGAACUUCUCGAGUUUGGAACAUGAAAUAUAGAUUUUGGCCAAAUAACAAAAGCAAGAUGUACCUUCUUGAGAACACAGGCGACUUUGUUCGGGCUAAUGGACUUCAAGAAGAUGACUUCAUUGUAAUAUACGCUGACAUAAAGUGUGGCAAAUAUUUGAUACGAGGAGUAAAAGUGAGACAGAAUGGACCAAAAUCAGAGGGCAAGAAACCAGCAAAGAAAAGCCAUCGUGAUUUGUCAUCUACAGCUGCUUCUAUUAGCUCUCCAGUUGCACAAGCAGUUAGAUAGUUGAUGGAGCACCAGUCAGUCUCACAGUCGGGCAGGCUUAUACCAUUAUGCUCACGAGCAGAAUCUUAGCUUGAGCCUAUCUUCGGACCCUCACGUUGCGUUUAUCAACAAGUGCGAAGUUGAUGUUCAUCUUCUUUACAAAUUAGCACUAGUAUAAUUUUGUAAACUAGAGUUCUCUAUUGAUGACCCUGACUCGUCCAAAGAGCUCAUCCAUUGCCUUGAUUCUGGAUUUAGCCAAAUGUUCUACACAUGUUUAAGGGGUUCGUAGUUGUUAAGUCAGGGCUACACUAUAAUGUAGUGAAUAUAUGUAAGUUGUAAUCUGAGUGUGUUGUAUGACCGUUUUCUGGGGUUUUAGGCAAUGCGAUGACCAUCAUUUGUAACAAUCUUUAUGUCAAUAUUAUAC